AAUGGGCCAACAUAUUCGGUACAAAGAGGAACGCAACCAUACCAACAGUGGUACCAGCAGUGCCCUUUAACCCCGCACACACCUGCGAACUACUGAAAUUAAGUAUGCAAGGAAUCGGGCGAGAUUCUGAGACCAUAUUGAAAAUUCUUGCUACUCACACGUACAAUCAACGGUAUGAAAUCGCUGCUACGUAUAAAACGUUGUACAACCAAGACUUGGUUCAAAAAUUAUUUACUGAAUACGAUGGCCACAUCCUCGAUGUCAUUCAGUAUCUAUUCUGGCCCACCGAGAAAAUGUAUGCACGAGAGUAUCACGAUGCUAUGCAGGGUUUGGGUACUAAUGAACGCGCUCUGAUUGAAAUGAGUGCGAGUUUAGAAGGACACGAGUUACGCAGAGUCAAUGGUGCAUACAUUGGGAUGUAUGAAAAGACGUUGGAAAGCGACAUAAAAGGCGAUACAAGCGGCUUUUUCCGAGAUCUUUUAGUGGAAUUGAUAAAGGGACGUGAGGCAGACAACAGUCCGAAUUCGGUGGAAUUGCCGCGAUAUACAGUCGCAACACUGAAUAGAUUAGGUCACGGCCAAUGGUCUAAUAACAAAGAUACCAUUCGUGACAUUUUCUGUAAGAAGUCGUUCUAUGAACUGUCUGAAAUACUUGUUGAGUAUGAACGUCAGAACGGACAUAAGAUUGAAGAAGAUAUUGAAAGUGAAUUCAGUGGUGAUGUUAAGAAAACAUUGCUAGCCAUUGGUAAGUAA